AUGCGCGAGCGACACGUCAGUGUAAAGCCAAACCUAGCAGUUGCUGAAGUCGCGGAUGCCUCGAUCCGCCGUACACCAAGCAAGAACCGCCUCGCUUUGACACUAGGAGAGAUCGUACCGAUCAAGACGAGGAGGCGUCGCACCGCAGACGGCCGCCUAAUCAGCUACUACACUGAACAACCCUUUACGGAUGCUGUCAUCUUACUUUCCUUGCAGGAACACUACUGCAUCCACUAUGCUACCCUCCGUGAUGCACCAGAUAUGUUCUCAGCUGAGCCUUCUCCCCUAAGGGCCGUUCCGAACCGGGGUCGGAUCGGAUCGCAGGCCGCACGGGGCAACGAGGUGAAGAACACAAACAAGGAGGGUCGUAUCGCGCUACUGAGCGCGUACGACAAGAACAAGAAGGCCAUCCAGAAGAAGGUGCAGCAGCAAAGGAGUAACGUGAGGCGCGGACAAGAAGCGGAGAUGCAACGAACCAAAAAUUGCAUGUUUCGCCUGCUCAACGUGCUGUUUUCGGAGCGCUUUUUUCACGCCUUCCUGACAUAUGGGGACCAGCUCAGCCGGCGCGAGCUCGACCAAGGUGGAUCGACGUUUUGGGAGGAUAUAGCGAAAGCAUUCAGUGAGGACAACGUCGAGUUUGACACGCUGGUCUCCCCGGACGAGCCCAUAUUUGAGGGCAUUCAGCCGUCGCAGACGGUAGACCAUUCGGGCUCCAAACUCCGCAAAAUGUGGCGCGACGUGAGCGGCAAGUUUGCUCGGGCAGAGGCGGGAUCGAAGAAAUCUGGCGAGCAUAGUGAUGACUUCUGGGAGUACUGUGGAGGAAAAGCGGACGUCUUCUCCUUGCACCAUUGGUGCGAGCAUCGGGGUGCUGGUCGCGAGUUCUGCUCAGCAAACAUAUCCUCGGACGAUGAAGACGACUCGCAGAAAGAGGGCACAAGCAGAGCCAAGAAGGGCAACCGUAAGCGUCGAAACAGCUCACAGGCCGAGGUGCUGGCUGCAUUAGCGGAGAGUGUCGGUGCAAUCGCGUCAACGAAUGAGACCAGCGAAGCUCAAGAAGCCACGUGGAAGGAACAAGCUUUGUUGCUGCAUGAUAAGAGGAACUCGCAUCGACUUGGCAUGCUGUCCGAAAUUUUGGAGCGCACUAACAGCAAUAUUUUCGAGCUGAAGAAGCACAUUCAAGAGCACGAAGAUGACAGUGAUGAAGACGAGUUUGGUGUCGAAGGUUUGCUGGUACAGGAGCGUAUGAAGCGCCAAAAACUAAGAGAUCAAAUUCUGGAACUGGAAAGCGAAGUUAUCGCUAACGUGAACGACCAGCAGGUAGUUUAA